CAAUCCCACUGCAGGGGAGGGGCGUUCCCUGGAUCCCGCGGAGUGUCGUGGGAGGGAAUAGGGAUGGUAAGAGUGGAGGUGGAGGACGAGCGCACAUUACCUGACAACUACAAGGGCGAGAAGUAGCUUAGCAACAAGUGAGGCUCCCGUGAGUGUGGACUCAUCUGAUUCUGAUAUUUACUUAUAGUUCGAAAAAGUUAGGGAAUGAACUGAAAUGCUGCCGAGAAUUUUUUUGUUGCUUGCCCUUCUACACACCGUGCGAUUGCAGGAAGCAGGAGACACCAUCACGUAUACGCAAUGUACUGAUGGCUACCAGUGGGAUGCAAUUAGAGAACAGUGUAAGGAUAUUGAUGAAUGUGCUGUUGUAAAUGAUGCAUGCAAAGGAGGAAUGAAGUGUGUUAACCACUAUGGAGGAUACCUGUGCUUGCCUAAAACAGCUCAGAUUAUUGUCAAUAAUGGAGAACAUGAUGCAAGUACCGUGGCACCAGCAUUACUACCCACACAGAGCAGAGCACCUGCCGCUAGACCAACCCUUAGACCUCAUCGAAUCAGGUGUGCACCUGGACAUGCACCAGAUGAUCUAAAUCAGUGCAGGGAUGUGGAUGAGUGUGCAGAGGGAGCCCACAGCUGUCACCCAGAACAAAUGUGCACUAAUACAUGGGGAUCUUACAUCUGCCAGUGUCUCCCAGGGUAUCAGAAGAUCAGGAACGAGUGUGUUAACAUUGAUGAAUGUGCUGUUCCUCCGUACUGCAGUCACAAAUGUGUGGAUACACCUGGAAGCUAUUACUGCCUGUGCAACCCUGGCUUUCAGCUGUCUUCCAACAACCACACUUGUAAUGAUGUGAAUGAGUGUGAGACCAGCAAUCCAUGUGACCAGCUGUGCUACAACAUUAUUGGUUCAUACUUUUGCCAGUGUAGACAGGGGUUUGAGAUGAACAGAGACAGAGUGUCAUGCAGAGAUAUUGACGAAUGCAGUUAUAGCUACUUAUGUCAAUACCAGUGCAUCAAUGAACCUGGAGGAUAUACGUGUGCAUGUCCAGAAGGUUAUCAAGUGCUGGGGAACAGAAUGUGUCAAGAUGUAAAUGAAUGUGAAACUGGAAAUGUGUGUGGAGAGCAAGAAAUCUGUUGGAAUUAUAAUGGAGGAUUCAGGUGUUACCCCAGGAAUCCAUGCCAGGAACCUUAUGUUCAAACUUCAGAAAAUCGCUGUGUGUGUCAUGGGAUCAAUGCAGUCUGUCGAGGGCUGCCAUCAUCCAUUCUGUACAGAUAUAUGAAUAUUCGUUCUGAUCGAUCUCUGCCUUCUGAUAUUUUCCAGAUACAAGCAACAGUUAUUUACCCCAACACUAUAAACUCCUUCCACAUCAAGGCUGGUAAUGAUGGAGGUGAAUUUUAUCUAAGACAAAUAAAUAACAUCAGUGCCAUGCUUGUGCUGGUCAAACCCGUUACAGGACCAAAGGAGUACAUUGUGGACCUUGAGAUGACAACAGUCAGCACUAUGAGCUACCAGUCAAGCUCUUUACUCCGGUUAACAAUAAUAGUGGGACCCUAUAGCUUUUAGUUGUCAUCAUGUCCUCACAGACUAGCAACAUCUGUGCAGAAAAACUUGGUUCUUAUUUAUAGAUUUUGCUUUAAUUGUAGAACUUUCUCAACACUGAUGUAGUACAGCCAUAACAAAUUUUAUUGUUCGAUGUUCUGGAUCGAAUGUUGCAUACUGCCAGUUUUUUUGCAGGCUCUGGAUUUCAUGUUCUCCACCUCUAUUCAUUUUAGGAAGCAAUCAGGUUAUGUGUGGUCUUUGCAUACUUAAAUGUGAUAGUGUGAUAUAAAAUAUGUAAGCAUACUGACGGCAGAGACUUUCAGCUUCUUCUUUGCAUUUGUAUAGUGUGCCUGACAUUAUCUGUCUGUGAUAAGCUCUUUACAUAUAGCCUCAUUAGUACACUGUUGUUCUUUAACAUCAGAUGUGAUAUUUUUUCUCAUACCCUGUGAUGUUUAUAGUUUCAGGGUUUGUUUUACUGACUGCAACAAAUUCUAGUAACAUGGUACAGUUCUGUAGAAUUACAAAAAUGUGCAUGUAAUACAAACAGAGAAUAUAAUUACAGUAGCUUAUAGAUGAAAAAGACUGGAUAAAUAAGACAGGAUAAGAUGAAUAUGUAAAUCAUGUAAGACAGUUAUUCCAUCCUUAUUUAAAUAUUUACCUCUAAAUGCCUUGCUGAUACUUAUAUGACUGUAUUGCUGCACUUUACUUUCCAAUCUGUUUAUAUUUUAAUCAUAAUAUGAUUAUAUUACUAUGAUAAGCACUUUGAGUCAUUUGUUCCACAGUAGAUGAAAAGUUAUGGCAUAGAGUAUAUACAUUGGCAAAUAGUUGUAACAGGAUGCAUAUUAUACUGGAGUAAAAGAAUACCUUAGGAGCACACUGUACUAUAUAGUAUCAUCUUUCACAGCAGUGAUAUUAACUAACAAGGCAACCCUACACAUGGUCGAGGUAAAAUUGCUUGAGUGUCAGUAGAGCUCAAAAAAAUAAAAGAUGUAAAACCGAAUGCCGUUUACCACAGGAAAUCAUUGCAGUGCAAUGUUUAAGCAGUGCAAUGUUUAAUUGUUUGCCUGCAAUGAUUAAUUUCUUUAAGGCGAUUUCUCCCUUCCUUUGAGUUGGUUCAACUAUGAAGUUGGCAUAUAUAAGUUCAAGGGGAGUGGGGACUAGCCACCUGCAAAAAAACAACUAAAAAAUUAUUUUUUGUUCUUUUGAGUUUCGGGCAUUUUUUCAUCCUUUCAGAAUGUUGACUUUCAGGAAGUUGGUGUUUCAAAGUAGAAUCUAGCUAACAAAGCCCAUGAACUCAAGUGCCUGAUUUGUAAUUUAAAAUCAAUACCUUGUAGAGUUUUAUACAGUUUUGAAUGGUGUUUCUUUAUUGUGAGAUAUUAUUUAGACAACUCCUGGACUGGGAUAUGAGGAAGCAAUGUGUCAUUUCUUGUAGGUUAAUCAUAUUUCAGGACUUUUACCGUAUGGUGUCUUAUCUAAGAUACUGAUGUUUUUGUGCACUGAGCUAACUUACUGUUGCUCCAUACAUCAUUUAGAAGUACUCCAUAGGGAAAAAAGUGCAGAGAGAAAAGUUAUAACAGUCAUGGACUGCAAAGAUUAUAAUUCACAAGAGCAGCAGUAUUGUUUUUGCUAAGAUUGUUUAUAAAUCAUUACAUCAAGUUUGUUAGCCAUCUUCAACGCAUACCCACUGAGUACUCAUGCCACAGCUGAGAUUUGCUUUUGAUAAUUAUCCAUUCAAUUUACAUUUCUUCAUUUGUUUAAUGAAGAAUUCAUCAGGCUGCUGCAGAUAUCUGUAAACUGAUAGGUGCAAUCUGAAAAAUGCAUCCCAAGGACUGUCACACCUGGAGCAGUUAGUCUAAGCACAAAAAUGUGUGCACGCUUUUUGAAGUUCUCAGAGAUUAAUGUUUGAGAAUAUUCAGGAUAUAUAGUAUAAGUGAAAAUAUGUGAAACAGUAAAAGACUUUGGACUUGAUUCAAAAGCACUGUAUUUAGCUACAUGACUGAUUUGUUUCCAAGUUUGGCACAGCAUGGCCAGUCACAGUUCUCAAAAUGGAUUACUCUGAGCGGCCAGCCUACAAAUUAAUUCAAGCUGUAAUUAGUGCUAGCUGAUUGCACUGAGUGGCUGAGACACCCUGCACGUGUCGUGUCAGAAACUGUGAGGUAUAAUACUGAUUUGCCUUUGUACAUUGACAGUCUCUGCAGCUAUUUCCAAAACAUGCAGCAUGCCCUUGAUAUGCAUACAAUAACAAUAACGUGUCCAUGCAGGUACAGAGUUUCUCGGCUCUUAAUUAUUUUUAUUACUAUUACAAAACAAGGGUUUAAGUAGCCACACAGUGAUUAUGGCUGAUGGCCAUUACCAUCCUCCUUUGUUAAAUGUAGUGUCUAUUUACUGAAGGCACUAACCCACUCAGUGAUGGGAGCCAAUUUUAGGCUGUUCAAGCUACCUUACAGCUUAAUGCUGCAUGCUGAAUGCACAGAUUUCUCAUUCAUGAGGAUUUUGUUUGGAGUCGUGGAUCACUGGCUGAAAAUCAACCUUGGUUUUACAGCUGCGAAUGCCCUUGCUCAGGCUGAUGCUGACUUCCUUAAUCUGGUUCACCAUGUUUAACAAAGUAGUUAUGCAGUACAGUGUCUGUUUCACAACUGUUUAGCUCCAGCAUUAUGUCAUUCCCUGAGCUCUGAGUAUACAAGCAUGCAUAUAGACAACUGUUGCAUGUAAAGCAGGCUGAUAAGCAGUUAAAAUAAAUUAAUAUCAUUUGUGGUAAAAUGUGUAAAAUUUGAUUAUUUUAUUAACACAAUACAAUAAUAGCAAUGCUAGAUUUUGGGUACUUUAUAAAUAUCAGUGUUAUUACCAUUGAGAAGUUUCACGUCUAACAAGGGUAUCUGUAAGUAAUGAUUAGAAGUUGUACAUACCUUAAAUACUCCAGGCAGUACAUACUGAACUUAGCCAGGAACUCUGUAUUGAUUUUAAUAGUAACUAUUUUUGUCGAUUCCUUUGCUGUUGAGUAAGGUGCAAAGAAAGCCUGAGUUUUUUUUUUUUUUUCACUUAAUGCUGGAAUAUGUUACAGACAGGCUGUAUUGCAUAUAUUGGUAUUAGAGUCUGUGGAGUAUUGUCAUGUACUUUAAAUGAGAACUGACUUGCACAUGACCUCAGAUUUUAUUUUAUUUUCAGAAUUGUUCAUACAUCAAUAGGUGCUUAACUAUGUGCCAAACUGGUUGUGGCGUCUAUGCACAUAAAAAUAGUGGUAAUGGGGUCUUUUAUCAUUUAAAAUAGCAGAAGCAUAUUCAUAAAAAAAUGCUGUAUUCGUACAAUAUGCUGUGUUUUAAUUCAUUAAAGGGAGAUGAAGCAAACAUUCCCAAAACAGAAAGCAGUUAAUGGCAUUGUGUAGUCACCUGUUUUUUGAUUCAGUAUGUUUCCUUUCUCACAUUUCUCCAUGUUCUAUGUGAAUUUAAUGUUCUCUUUGUUUCUGCUUGCCUUGUAUAUAAAACUUCCAAAAUUAUUUUGUAUUGUUACAGAUUAACAGAACUUUUCUGUAAUGUUUAUUUUUCAUGAAACAAUUUUUACUUUGAUGUACAAAGUUUUUUAAAAUAAAAUAUAUAAUU